AUGGCCAGCCCCGUCACUCAUCUUGCUCCGGCUGAUGUCGACAGCUACGACUAUGUCAUUGUCGGCGGUGGUACUGCCGGCUGUGUGAUUGCCAGCAGGCUGGCGGAGUAUCUUCCGCGGAAGAAGAUCCUGCUCAUCGAAGCCGGCCCCAGCGAUUACAUGGACGACCGUGUUUUGAAGCUGAAGGAUUGGCUGGGCUUGCUGGGUGGUGAAUUCGACUAUGACUACGGCACCACCGAACAGCCCAUGGGGAACAGCCACAUUCGCCAUUCUCGUGCAAAGGUGCUGGGAGGCUGCUCGAGCCACAACACCCUCAUUUCCUUCCGUCCGUUUGAAUAUGACUGCAAAGUGUGGGAAAGCAAAGGGUGCAAGGGCUGGAACUUCGACACAUUCACUCGUGUGAUCGAUAAUCUCCGCAACACCGUGCAGCCUAUCCACUCCAGACACCGCAACCAGCUUUGCAAGGAUUGGGUGCAAGCCUGCUCGACCUCUCUCAAUGUCCCAAUCGUCCCCGACUUUAACAAGGUCAUUCGCUCUGAGGGCAAGAUGACUAGCGGUGCCGGCUUUUUCUCGGUGUCUUAUAACCCGGAUGACGGCCGCCGCAGUAGCGCAAGUGUUGCUUACAUCCACCCCAUCUUCAGCGGAGCGGAAAAGAAGCCCAACCUCACCGUCCUGACUCAUGCUUGGGUGUCAAAGGUUAAUGUUAGCGGAGACACCGUCACCGGAGUUAACGUUACCCUCCAGUCAGGGACCAAACUCACCCUCCGUGCCAAGCGGGAGACCAUCAUAUGCGCCGGCGCAGUCGACACUCCCCGUCUCCUCCUGCUCUCCGGCAUUGGACCGCGCGAACAGCUCUCCUCUCUCUCUAUCCCCGUUGUCAAAGACGUACCUGGCGUGGGAGAGAACCUAGUCGACCACCCCGAAAGCAUUAUUAUGUGGGAGCUUAACCAGCCCGUCCCACCAAACCAAACCACCAUGGACUCCGAUGCAGGUGUCUUCCUCCGCCGCGAGCCCAUUAACGCAGCCGGAUUUGAUGGUGAUUGCGCCGACAUCAUGAUGCACUGCUAUCAGAUUCCAUUCGGCAUUCACACCGGCCGUCUAGGCUACGACGUUCCCGUCAACGCCUUCUGCGUCACUCCCAAUAUCCCCCGUCCUCGCUCCAGAGGCAGACUCUACCUCACCUCUGCCGAUCCAACCGUCAAACCAGCCCUGGACUUCCGCUACUUCACUGACCCCGAGGGAUACGAUGCUGCUACCAUCGUAGCGGGUCUUAAAGCAGCCCGUAAGAUAGCCGAGCAGGAACCUUUCAAAAGCUGGAUCAAGCGUGAAGUCGCUCCUGGCCCAGCCACCACUACAGACGAGGAAUUGAGCGCCUACGGCCGAGCAGUCCAUCACACCGUCUACCAUCCUGCCGGAACCACUAAGAUGGGUGACAUCCAGAACGACCCCAUGGCCGUCGUCGACCCAACCCUCAAGAUCCGAGGACUCAAGAAUGUCAGAAUUGCGGACGCCGGCGUCUUCCCUGACAUGCCUAGCAUCAACCCCAUGCUUACUGUUUUGGGUGUUGGCGAGCGUGCAGCUGAGCUGAUCGCUGAAGAAGCAGGAUGGCGCCCAUCUUCUUCUCGUCUAUAA